UUCAAGGGGGGGUGAAAAUCAACUACCCUACAAGUAGAAACGCGAUGGCUUAUAUACUGAAGGAGAGAAUGAUAAAGCUAAUAUUUGGUUGCCAUCGUCGACGUAUCGUCGUCGGCUUUUGACGAGCGUUACAAGUUCACACCCGAAUUAUUGAACGUGACUUGGCCUUUUCCUCCGAUGAAGCCAGGAAGCGAUAUCGACACUUCCCAAGUCGACGGGAAUGCUUCCCCGGAAAUAAAACACAGGAUGCUCCGCGCUCUGCAAUCUAUGCGACGGUCAACUGGCAAGCCCUCUAGCAGUUUCGAAAACAAGAUUGCGUCCCGGAUGCAACUAACAGAGGCAUCUAUAUUGUCAAAGACCGAGGAACCGGAGAAAUUUGAAGGUCGUGUCGUUGUCCAGGUGAUUGUGGACGAAGAAUUGCUCAAUGUCGAUGAAAACAUCCACGGUGGAUGUACGGCCAUGAUAAUUGACAUUUGCUCGACAAUGCCCAUUUACGUCCUUGGGGCCUCGACAAGCGGUCAUGGCGAAUUUGGCGUAUCACAGUCUUUGAACAUUGUGUACCAUUCACCAGCAUUGUUGGGAGACAAGCUACGCGUUGUGAGCACAACACUCGCUCUUGGCAGCCGGGCACUCUCAAGUCGUUGUGAAGUAUGGAAUGUUACGCGACACCGAUUGGCAGCAUCAGCUGUGCACGUUAAGAUGGUUCCAUCUAAACCUAAGGCAUCUGAAUCUGCCAAACUCUGACCUGGGUGCGGUCACAAGUCUAGUUUCCUCAAUUACACUGGCAGUGGCUAAUCGAACGACUCAGGGAAAAUCUUCGGGUAACGGGCUGCGGUCACGUGACUGUUUGAAGGCGUUUUUCUUCACCGUUUUUGUGGUGGAAAAUUCUGG